CAAUAUUAGCUGACCCGGUUCAAUAUAAUUAUGAUCCAGUUGCUUUAAAAGAACGCAUAACUGAAUAUCCGAUUCAUCCGCUAAUAUUGGCCCGAAACUCACCGCUCAAUAUGACUGGCCAACCAAUCAGCGAUGCGGAGUUAGGCUCGGUGUUUGAGGCGGCCAAAUGGGCGCCGUCGGCCUACAAUGUCCAGCCGUGGCGUUUUGUUUACGCCAAACGCAAUACCAGUCGAUUUGAUGACUUACUCCGACUACUGGUGCCCGCCAAUAGCGUAUGGUGCAGACAGGCCAGCGUACUGGUCAUUGUAUUUGCGGCCAACUAUUACCAGUACAAGGGUCGAACUCAGGUCCAGAAACUCAAUGUGUUUGAAUCGGGUAUGGCAUGUAUGUCGAUGUUGUUGGAAGCCUCGGGUCGCGGACUGCUGGCUCAUCCGAUGUCCGGUUUCGAUGUCGACAAAACCUACCGGCUAUUGAAUGUGACCCGAAAAUCGCAUACAGUAUUGGCAUUUGUAGCCAUUGGCCGACGUGCCGAUACCGAGCACCGACCGUACGAAUUGAUUAGCCAACGACACCGGCAAAACGUGUUUGUCUUUAGGGAUAGGUUUGUCAAUACAGAUCCUACCGAUGCUGAUGUUAAACAAAGUUAAAGUUAAAUAAAUAAAAUUGUAACAAUAAUUGCUAUUACUGUGGCAAAUAUAUUUCGAGACAAAUUGUAAUAUGAAAACUUAAUAGAUUUUUCUGCAUUCGGUUU